AUGGAUUCAUGGACGGAGGAGAGCUACGCCGAAGACGAUCUGGGAUUCGAGUUCGAGACACUUAAGCUCAUAGGCCUCUUGUUGUGCCUUGCAAUAGGAACCAUCGCCGCUGUAACAUAUCAUUGCCUUGCCGACCAAAGGCGCAUGCGAAACAACAACUACACACAGCAACAGCAAAAUGAACAACAACCUCAGGGGCUUCAAAUCAACCGACAGUUGAUCCCAGUUGUCGAAUACAGCAAAGAAAGCAAAGAUGGGAUUUGCGCUGUGUGCUUGUGUGAGUUCAAAGUUGGUGAGGCAAUUCGUGUGUUGCCUGAAUGCAUGCACUUGUUUCAUGCCGGCUGCGUUGACUUGUGGUUGAGCUCUCACUCUAAUUGCCCACUUUGUCGUACUGAUAUUGAGCCGCGACAUGUCGUUUUAUCGAUGCCACAAUUCAGUGGGGGAAACCUUAGCAUUUGA